AUGUCUAAAAGUGAACAAAAUAUUAACAAUAAAAACCAGAAAGACAUCGAUAAGAAACACCAGAAGAAUAAUAACAAUAAAUGGUUUGAAAGGUUUAAAGUUUUCAAUAAUAUAUUUAAAUCUAAAACAGAAGACAAUGUCUCGCAAAAUACAUCGUUGAGUGGCGACGAAGAUUCAAUAGACAAUAAAAUCUUUGCCGAAGACUUAAGAACUAUUGACAAUAUGAACAAUAGAUUCCAUGACUCGCCUCGAGAUAAGGACAAUGAAGACAAACAAAAGAAAUUCAAUGAUUUGAUUAAUACAUUGAAUGUAAAUCUCGAUAAUCAACUCAAUGGAGAUGACAUUAAUUGUACGGAUCAGUUGAGUCACAAGUGA